UUGAGAGGAAGAUAAACCAUUAUAUGAGAAAGUUAACCCAAAAAAAUCAAAAAAGCAAACAAAAAAAGUUCACAACUUUUUACGUUUUUUUGUGGGUUUCAAAUUUUAAGAAAUUUAAUACAAAAGCAAAAAAAAAAAAAAUUUGUGGUUACAUUUAGUUAGGGGCACAGAUAAUAAAAAACUAACUAAAUAUAUAAGAAUGACAAAAAAAUGGUUUAUGGCUACAAUUUUUAAGGUUAACUAUGUCUUUAACCAUAAAAAAAACUAUGGAAGUAGCACAAACUGCUUUUUUGUCUAAUAAAAACUCAAAAACUGCUUUGCAAUUUAAAAAACUCUAUAAAACAUCUAACCGUUCUGGUGGGUCCUUAGAAUCUGGGGAUACGAUAUUUAACUUUGACUUAGGAGACUUUCCUCUGAAUCCGUUCAUCAAUUCUACCCACAUCGAAUCUACCAUGAGAGAAACAGUGGCGUGGAGGUACAUUAACAGAGAUGUUGUGCCGUUUGCUUCCAUGAUUGUAGUGGAGUGUGUCACCGUUGGAUCGACCACACUGUACAAGGCUGCUGCUUUGAGAGGAUUGAGCUUCUAUGUUUUUGUGUUCUACUCUUAUGUUGUUUCGACACUUGUCCUUCUUCCUCUUUCCCUCAUCUACCGAAGGUCAACAAGGUUACCUUCAGCCAAAUCUCCCGUCUUCUUCAAGAUUUUCUUGCUUGCGCUUCUCGGGUUCAUGUCGAUGAUAGCUGGCUGUAAAGGAGUAGAAUAUAGUUCUCCUACUCUUGCCUCUGCUAUCAGCACCCUCACGCCAGCUUUUACGUUCACCCUCGCCAUUGUUUUCAGGAUGGAACGAGUAAGGUUAAGGAGCUCUGCGAGUCAGGCUAAAAUCAUUGGCACAGUAGUCUCUAUGUCUGGUGCACUGGUUGUUGUUCUUUAUAAAGGACCUAAACUUCUAGCUGCAUCGCAUUACCACCAUUUGACUUUAUCUGAGUCAAGCUGGAUACUUGGAGGCAUAUCACUCGCUGCACAGUAUUUGCUUAUUUCAGUCUGGUUGAUUAUUCAGACUAGGAUCAUGGAGGUAUACCCUCAAGAGAUAACAGUAGUCUUCCUGUACAGCUUAUGCGGAACACAAAUCUCAGCACCUGUAUGCAUGUUUGCUGAAAAAAACUUGACUUCCUUUCUGCUUAAACCUGAUGUCUCCCUCGUUUCAAUUAUGUACACGGGUGCCUUGGUUUCAUCAUUGGGCACAGUUAUACACACGUGGGGUCUGCAUUUGAAGGGUCCAGUCUACAUAUCCUUGUUCAAGCCGUUGUCUAUUGUCAUUGCGGUUGGAAUGUCUGCUAUAUUCCUCGGUGAUGCAAUUCACCUUGGAAGUGUCAUCGGAUCAGUGGUUUUGAGCUUGGGAUUCUACACUGUGAUUUGGGGCAAAGCAAGAGAGGAUGCAUCCAAACCUGUGACUAGUUCUGAGCAUUACUCACCUUUGCUGCUUGCACGCACCGUAGCUGAUGAAUCCUAAUCAUCAUUAAGGAUGUGACUGAUGCAAGUGUAAUCUUUUUAUAUAAAGAUUUGACUUAAACCAGAAAUGGCCUUCGUUGCAAUCAUAUACUGUGAUUUUAACCUGCUUCAGAGUUCAGAUAGUGACCUUGUCUUAGCUCAGAUGUUAUUAACUGUGACUUUUUACCUCAACAUGAGCAAGAAAGUAAAUGGUAGAAUGAUACUGUAGUCA